AAUUUUUUUAAGUAGGACCGAGUAUUACUGCAUUGUUUAUAUAUUAUAUGAUCGGUGCACAACUGCACAUCGCAUACACAUACUCAAAGUCAAGUCUUCAUUUAUCUCUUAUACCCUUUUUGCUUCUUCUUCAAUUUUCUGACAUCAGAUGGCGGCAAAGCUGAUAUCCACCGGUCUCCGUCUCACUACUUUGCCGGAAAACUAUGUCCGGCCACUCCCCGACCGUCCACGACUCUCCGAAGUAUCUCAACUGGAAGAUUUCCCUCUCAUCGAUCUCUCUUCCUCAGAUCGAUCUCUUCUCAUCCAACAACUCCACCAAGCUUGCGCCCGGUUUGGUUUCUUCCAGGUUAUAAAUCACGGAAUUAACAAACAACUAAUAGAUGAUAUGGUGAGUGUUGCGCAUGAGUUCUUUAGCAUGUCUAUGGAAGAAAAAAUGAAGCUAUAUUCAGACGAUCCAACGAGGUCAACAAGAUUAUCGACGAGCUUCAAUGUGAAGAAAGAAGAAGUUAACAAUUGGAGAGACUAUCUUAGACUUCAUUGCUAUCCUAUCCACAAGUACGUCAAUGAGUGGCCUUCAAACCCUCCUUCAUUCAAGGAAAUAGUGAGUAAAUACAGUAGAGAAGUAAGAGAAGUGGGAUUUAAAAUAGAGGAAUUGAUAUCAGAGAGCUUAGGUUUAGAAAAAGAUUACAUGAAGAACGUGCUUGGUGAACAAGGUCAACACAUGGCAGUUAACUAUUAUCCUCCAUGUCCUGAGCCUGAGCUCACUUAUGGUUUACCUGCUCACACUGACCCAAACGCACUCACCAUCCUUCUCCAAGACACAACCGUUUGCGGUCUCCAGAUCUUGAUCGACGGUCAAUGGUUCGUCGUUAACCCACAUCCUGAUGCUUUUGUCAUCAACAUUGGUGACCAAUUACAGGCAUUGAGUAACGGAGUAUACAAAAGUGUUUGGCAUCGAGCUGUAACAAACACCGAAAACCCAAGACUAUCUGUCGCGUCGUUUCUGUGCCCAGCUGAAUGUGCUGUCAUGAGCCCGGCCAAACCUUUGUGGGAAGACGAGAACGACGAAGCGAAGCCAGUCUACAGAGACUUCACUUACGCAGAGUACUACAAGAAGUUUUGGAGUAGGAAUCUGGACCAAGAACAUUGCCUCGAGAACUUUCGGAACAACGACUAAGAUACUAUUAUCAUACAUAUAUGUCUCUCGCCUUUGUGUUUGUCUAGUAGGCAUAUAUAUUACAAAUCUAUGUAGCAGCACUGAUGUUCGAUUGUACACUCCCACAUAUAUUUUGUUUAAG